AUGAGCGUCAUCUUGGAGACUUCCUUGGGUGAUAUCGUUAUAGAUCUUUUGAUCGAUUCUUCCCCCAAAGCUUGUGAGAAUUUUUUGAAGUUAUGCAAGGUCAAGUAUUACAAUUUUUCACCGGUAUACAACGUCCAGAAGAAUUUCUCCUUCCAAACUGGCGACCCUAUUGGCCCUGACUCCAAAGAUAGCGAUGGAGGGUCUUCUAUCUGGGGCCUCCUCAAUGGGCCUUCGCGAAGAACAUUUCUAAUCGAGUUACCGCCCAAGAUGAAGCAUGCAGAACGUGGCACGGUUAGCAUGGCUACGGUCCCUUCCACAAAAGAUCCUGACGAGCGCCUUGCUGCCAGUCAGUUCAUCAUAACUCUUGGAGAUAAUCUUGACUAUCUCGAUGGGAAAGCUGCUAUAUUCGGGAAGGUGGUAGAGGGAUUCGAUGUCUUGGAGAAGAUUAAUGAUGCGUUCAUUGAUGACAAGGGGCGUCCACUUAAAGAUAUCCGAAUUCGGCAUACGGUGAUCUUAGACGACCCAUUUGAUGACCCUCCAGGUCUUGUGGUACCCGCAGAAAGCCCGCUCCCUUCGAAGGCGCAACUGGCGACGGUAAUGAUUGCAGACGAUGAAGAGUUGGACGAAAACAUUGAUGAGGAGGCGGUGGAAAAGCUACGGCGGGAACGCGAGGCUCGGGCGCAGGCGUUAACCUUAGAAAUGGUUGGGGAUUUGCCGUUUGCUGAGGUUAAGCCACCAGAGAACGUGCUCUUUGUAUGCAAACUAAAUCCUGUAACUCAAGAUGAGGAUCUUCAUCUCAUUUUUAGUCGAUUUGGACCGAUUCUCUCCUGUGAGGUGAUAAGGGAUAAGCGGACCGGCGACAGUCUGCAGUAUGCAUUUAUCGAAUUUGAGAACCAAAAAGACUGUGAACAAGCUUAUUUUAAAAUGCAAGGUGUUUUGAUUGAUGACCAUCGAAUCCACGUCGACUUCUCUCAAAGUGUGAGUUCGCCUGCUACCAUGCUACAACGUACUUUGCAUGCCAGCCUGUUGAUUUUCCACCUAGGUUUCGAAAUUAUCAGAUAG